AUGGCCUGUGAUAACCAAGAAUCAACCCCUUCGAGCUUCAAUCUCAGCAACAGUAGUUCCGAUCCCCGGGCAACUCACGCUCGCGUCCUCAAAUCCACCGUCACCGACAUUGCAGCAUUCAACAACCUCAUAACGCAAUAUUUCAAAUGCAACCUCUCAUCCUAUGCUCUCUCCCUCUUCAACCGAAUCCCUUCUCCUAACGUUGUCACAUGGACCGCACUCAUCACCGCACAUUCCAACACUCUCCUUUCCCUCCACCAUUUCCUCUCCAUGCUUCGCCAUUCCACCCUCCCUAACCACCGCACCGUCGCCUCUCUCUUCGCCACCUGUGCCUCUCUUUCUUCCAUCUCGUUUGGUCUUUCCCUACAUUCUCUCUCCCUCAAGCUAGCUCUAUCUCACCAUCCUUUUCCCGCGUCAUCUCUCCUUACUUUUUACUCCAAGUGCCGACUUCCCAGCGACGCACUCAAAGUGUUCGACGAAACUCCCCACAGAGAUAAUGUUUCUUACUCCGCUAUCAUUGUUGCUCUAGCUCAGAAUUUUCGUUUUUCAGACGCUAUUUUUCACUUUGCUGACAUGAGAUGUCAGGGUUUUGAUUCUACUGUCCAUAGUGUUUCUGGGGCUCUGCGUGCUGCUGCUCAGCUUGCUGCACUGGAGCAGUGUAGGAUUAUUCAUGCGCAUGCUGUUGUUGCUGGCCUUGAUUUGAAUGUCGUGGUUGGCACUUCUCUUGUUGAUGGGUAUGGUAAAACGGGUCUUGUGAUCGAUGCAAGACAGGUUUUUGAGGAUAAUAUAUAUUGUAUGAAUGUUGUGGGUUGGAAUGCAAUGUUGGCUGGUUAUGCACAACAAGGGGAUUGUCAAUCUACUCUUGAGUUGUUUCAUUCUAUGAAAACAUACGGAUUUGUGCCUGAUGAGUAUAGUUUUUUGGCAAUUCUAACGUCACUUUAUAAUGCUGGGAUGUUUAUGCAGAUUGAUGUGUGGUUGAAUAGGAUGAAAGUGGAUUAUGGUUUGGAACCAACUCUUGAGCAUUAUACAUGUUUGGUGGGGGGAAUGGCCCGUACUGGACAAUUGGAGCGUGCAGAGAGGAUAGCAUUAACAAUACCUUUUGAGCCAGAUGCCGCAGUUUGGCGAGCUUUGCUAUCUGCUUGUGCAUACCAUGGUGCGGUUGAUAAAGCUCGGGUUAUGGCUAGGAAGGUAUUGGAAUUAGAGCCUCACGAUGAUUCUGCUUUUGUUAUUGUUGCUAAUAUGUUAUCAGCUGCUGGAAGGUGGGAUGAUGUUGCGGAGUUGAGGAAAAUGAUGAAAGACAGGAGGGUGAAGAAGAUAGGAGGGAGGAGCUGGAUUGAGGUGCAAGGGAAAGUUCAUGUUUUUGUGGCGGGGGAUUGGAAGCAUGAGAGAUCAGUGGAGAUUUAUCAGAAGUUGGAAGAGCUGAUGGGGGAUAUUGAGAAAUUAGGAUAUAUUCCAGUUUGGGAUGAGUUGUUGCAUAACGUUGGGGAAGAAAAGAGCAAAGAAGCUCUUUGGUAUCACAGUGAGAAGUUGGCGGUUGCAUUUGGAGUAUUGUGUGGAUCUAUACCACCUGGUAAGGCAUUAAGGAUUGUGAAGAAUUUGAGGAUUUGUAAAGAUUGUCAUGAGGCUUUUAAGUAUAUGACUAGAGUUUUAGAAAGGGAAAUUAUUGUGAGGGAUGUCAACAGAUACCACAGAUUUGUUAAUGGUGAUUGUACUUGUAGAGACAUAUGGUAG